AUGUCAUUCAUAUCACGGAGAUGCUUUUCAGUGGCUAAGACACUAUGCUCCCAUAUUGGCUCUUCGCCAUUAUAUUUGACACAAGAAACCAAGUUUUCCAUCUCGCAACUCUCACAACCAAAGGUGAUCAGGAAAGGGAAAAACACUUUAAAGCUCUCCAAGAGUGUUAUAGUUGAAGGUCCACUUGGUGCUAUAACCAUGGAUGUUCCAGACUUUGUCAACUUUGAGCAUUCCACAUCUACAGGCAAGAUUGACAUUAGCGUUACUGACAGCAAUGAUAAAAUUCAAAAAUCGAUGUGGGGUACGGUUAGGUCUAACUUAGCAAAUCACAUCACUGGUGUAAACGAAGGCCAUAUGGCAUUUUUAAGGUUUGUUGGUACCGGUUACAGAGCUCAAUUGGAGAAUGAUGGCAAGUUUGUCAAUGUCAAAGUCGGUGCUUCAAUAAUGCAAGGUCUACCCGUACCUGAUGGGAUCACUGUUAAAUCUCCAACAUCGACUUCCUUGAUUAUAGAAGGUUGCAAUAAGCAGCAAGUCUGUUUGUUUGCUGCAUGUUUGAGGAAGUUCCAUCCUCCAGAACCGUAUAAAGGUAAGGGUAUCUAUGUGAACGAUGAAACAAUUAAAUUGAAAGAUAAGAAGAUCAAAUGA